CACAUGUGAGCCUACUGAGCUAGCUGGUCGGCACUGGGAGAGAGACGGGCGGAGACUCGCAGUAAACCAAUCAUUGCCCUCCUCGUCCUCCACUGCCGCCGACAUCCUCCACUGAAUCGAGUAUUCGAGUUGCUCCUCCCUCCGUUCCCAGGCUCACGAUUUAUCUCCUGGCUGCGCCCCCUGGAGCAGACUGCAGAGGAUACAUUUGCGAGCGCCGGCGGCGAAGUGCCGGGAACGAGGGCGGAGGUCACGUUCCGGCGAUGCCAUCGUCCUUCCACUUCCUGUGAGCUCUGUGGUCGAAUAGGCCCCGAUCCAUAAUCCAUAAGCCUCAACGAACUAUCUACAGUCCCAAUCCAUAAUCCAGUGCAUGAUAUUUAGAACCUGAUCACUAGAGCUGCUCAAGUGGUUGGUGGUGAUCUUGAUGGCCCGAUGCCGCAGACAAAAGAGCAUAUUCUUCUAGCUCCACAGGUUUCAAAUUCUGUGAAUUUUUGCCAGCAAUAGCAUUAAGAAAGAGAAACCACGGGAUAUGGCCACCAUGUGCUGUCUUUGCAGAAGGAAUACCCCUGGCCUCUGCAUCUCUUGAGGUACACAGCCAUUAUCAGACUUAAGUAGAACUUGUGGAGCUGGAGCUUCAAGGUAUGUCCCCGCGUUUUCGUGUUCUCUACAUUGUUUUUGGUUAGUUGAUUAUGUUCCCUUUCUAAAAUAAUUUUGUUGUCUCAAUUUUUUAGAGUCCUCAGUUUCUCUUAGAAGUUUCAUGGCGAUGAAGUUCCUACCAUCCCUGCACCUGCCUUGUCACCCAUGGAUGACCAUGGUUAUCCUCCCUCUCCUCCUCCUCCUCGUGCCACUUGCCGCUGCUCAAUGGUCAUCCUGUAGCAAGAGCGACGACUAUAAAUCUAAUAGCACCUAUGAAGCCAACCUCAGUCUCCUCUCUUCAACCCUCCCGAAGAAAGCAGCGUCCAGCACCACCCUCUUUGCAACCAGCAUCAUGGGCAAUGUUCCGGACAUUGUCUAUGCCCUCACGCUCUGCCGCGGGGACUCUAACGCCUCCGCCUGCGAGAGCUGUGUAACCACCGCGUUUCAGGACAUCCGGCAGCUCUGCCCGUACAAAAAGAAUGCCACCGUGUACUACGAUCCGUGCAUGCUCAAGUUCUCCAACAAGAAUUUUCUCGCCACCACCACCGUCAAUGAUCCACUCAUCAUCGUGAACACUAAGAACUUCAUGACAAACGCCGACAUCACCCAGCGAUUAUUGUUCACGCUUAUCAACAGCACGGCUCAAUUGGCCGCGAAUAGCUUGAGGAGGUUCACUACCUCGCGCUUAGAUGUUGGUUCCUCCCCAACGUUGUACUGUCUUAUGCAGUGCAUGCCCGAUCUGAUUCCCCACGACUGCGAGUCCUGCUUCCAGGAUAUCUUGAAUAGUACGCUCGAGUACCUGGGCGGUAAGCAAGGUGGCCGAGUUCUGGGGACACGGUGUUACAUGAGGUACGAGAUGUACCCCUUCUUCCAAGGGGACCCUACGCUGCGUAUUAUCAACUUGGCCCCUCAUGUUCCGACGAUCAACAACACUACGACACCAGCUACCGUGUACCCACAAUCGCAGCCACCAGCUGCGGCGCCACCCCCGGAGGGAAAAGCGACCGUCCAAGAACAUAACGGACGCAAAUCACGCAAGAGGGCACUGUGGAUUAUUGUUGUGGUGGCUACACUGCUGUCAAUACUUAUGUGCUUUAUCUGUUUCAUUGUAUGGAAGAGAAGAAAAGGAAAGGUAAACAUAAACAAUCAAGCUGCCACGAAUAGGCCGGAAGAAUAUGCACUGGUUUGGAGAUUGGAGGAGAGGAGUUCAGAGUUCACACUCUUUGACUUUCCUGAGAUAUUACAAGCUACACACAACUUUUCCAAAGAAAAUCUACUUGGGCAAGGUGGUUUUGGCCCUGUCUACAAGGGCCAAUUACCAGAUGGAAUGGAGAUUGCUGUUAAAAGGCUUGCCUCACAUUCAGGACAGGGUUUCACAGAAUUCAAGAAUGAAGUUGAACUUAUUGCAAAACUACAACACAAUAAUCUGGUAAAGCUCUUGGGAUGUUGCAUUCUGGGGGAGGAAAAACUAUUGGUGUAUGAGUAUUUGCCAAAUAAGAGCUUGGACUUCUUUAUAUUUGAUGAAAACAGAACAACUUUGGUUGAUUGGGAAAAAAGACGUGUCAUAAUUGAAGGGAUAGCCCAAGGUCUUCUAUAUCUUCACAAGCACUCUCGAUUGCGCAUCAUACAUAGAGAUCUCAAGGCCAGCAACAUUCUCUUGGACCAGGACAUGAAUCCUAAAAUUUCAGAUUUUGGUCUAGCAAAAAUUUUCAGCUCCAAUGACACUCAGGGAAGCACAAAGAGGGUAGUGGGAACAUAUGGUUAUAUGUCUCCGGAGUAUGCAUCUGAAGGCAUUUACUCAAUCAAAACCGACGUGUUCAGCUUUGGUGUGUUGCUUCUUGAGAUCCUCAGUGGAAAAAGGAAUUCUCGUUUCCAUCAACGCGAAGACUUUCUUAACCUUCUUGGAUAUUCAUGGCAUCUCUGGGAAGGAGGAAGUUGGCUUGAGCUUCUAGAUGUAUCAAUUGUUACGGAGGUCCAUACAACAGAGGCUAGAAGGUACAUUAACAUUGCACUGAUGUGCGUACAAGAGAGUGCGGAUGAUCGACCCACCAUGUCAGAUGUUGUUGCAAUGUUAAACAGCGAGAGUGUUAUUAUUCCAGAGCCUAAUCCUCCUGCAUACGUCAACGUAAGAGUAUCUAAGGUACACCAAUCAGCUAGUGUUGUUGUUCCAUGCAGUAAUAAUGAUGUAACCAUCACCGAAGAGCCAGAUGGAAGAUAGUUGAUAACUUCGUAUCAGUUGUUACAUCUGAGUUGUACACUAAUCCACACCAAACUCUAGAUGUUAUCGCUACAUUAUCUGCUGAAGACGCUUAAUAUCAUCCCUACAUGUGUGUAGUAAUUAUGUAAAGUGCUUACGGCCACGUCCUCAUGCACCGUGUAAAAAC